AUGAUUUCAUUGUAAACAGAUACCAAAUAUGGCAAUCUCAUAAGAUUGAAUAAAAGACCAUAGUAUAACAAUAACAAUAAUUCAUAGUAGUCUCCUUACUUACAGUUAUAAAGUAGAGUACUCAACUAAAAAAGUACGCUCAGAUUAUAACCGACAGAUUAUCCAGUUCUUACUUAGCAAGAAUAUCAAACAUUUGACGGAGAUGCAACUCGGAGGAAUUAGAUUCUUAAGUUUAACACAAAUAUGAUUUAGACUCAAAUCAAAAGGCAGAAAUAAUAAAGAAAAAAUUCAUAGUAUAAACUUGAUUAGACCAUAUAAAAGCUAGAAGAAGAUCAGAAAAUUGAAAAACUUAGAAGUCAGUAAUCAUAGAGUAUUCUUGAAAGAGAAAUUCAAGAAUUUUAAAAGUAAAUCUUAAGAGAAGAUCAAGAGUUGGAAUAAAGAUAAUUUAACCGAAUCUUGUCUUCGAAGAAAUUAGAGAAAAUAUCUGGAAUUCAAUAAAAGCAACCAAAAACAAGAAUAAAGCAGCUUACCACAGCAAGCUCUAAUAAUCACAAUACAAUAUAGCCUAGGUAAAGCUUUAAUACUGAUGCUCAUGAAAGAAAGUUGACUAAAGUCUAUGGUAUGAGUCAUGUUUCCAAGCAUGGCUUGGAAUUUGCAAAUAUAAAACAAGAAAGAUCAUCAUCUGUGAUAGAUCACAAUUUGAUGAUGCAGUAGUAAUAACAAUAAGAUAGCCCUAACGGUGGGCAUUCUUAAACACCAAAAAUCUAGAUUGAAAAUAAUAUUAAUCUUGAAAAUCUGAGAGAAUUUUAUGUGCCCAAAGUGCUUUAGCGUGGGAGUAUUCAUAUCAAUAACUAGCUAUCAAGAGAUAAUAUAAGUAAAAGCACUUAGAAUUCAUCAAUUGCAUAACUUCUUAAUAUCUAACAAGACAAACUUAAUCUAUAAACAAUUGAUCAAGAUGAUUAAGAAUUAGAGAAGACAUUCAUGACUAAAGAUUAGGAGAAGUUUCCUGCUGUUUAAAAAACAAUCAAGGAUAAAACGAAAUACUUAGAUUUUAGACCAUUUAAAAAUGAUUUAAAUGCAGUUCUGUAAAAGUACCCUGAUCGAGGCUACUUUUUCAAAUUUUUCAAUCCUUAAACUGAUAUAAAGUUAAUUAGAUAUACUUUUGAGGAUAAUGGUUUCAGAGAGUUUACUAAUCACAGAGGUUAGAAUAGUUCUUUUUCGCUAGCAAAUAAUCAUUAAAAUUCAUCUUUUAUUUCAACAACUGGUGGUAAAAGAGAUGAAAGCACUUCAAAUAUAUGCAUUGUUAUUUGGUCUUGCUAGAUUAUGAAAUCAAGCGUUUAUUAGGCUUUGAAUAAAAGAUAAAAAAUAAAUCACUUUCCAAGAAGUUAUGAACUGACUCGUAAAGAUUUUAUGAAUGAAAGAAUAGUUAGAAUGGCUUAACUUUUUGGAAGAAGAAAUUUUAAUUUUACACCAAUCACAUAUGUUCUGCCCAAAGAAGUAGAUUUACUUCAAAGAGAGAUGGAUGCAAAUAGAAGAUAAUGGUGGAUCAUAAAACCUUCAGCUUCAGCCUAAGGCAAAGGUAUUUAUAUCACCAACAACUUCAGUGAAAUCCAAACCAGGUAAAAUAUAGUUGCUUCUCAUUACAUUGACAGUCCACUUCUUAUUAAUAAUUUGAAAUUUGAUCUGAGAAUAUAUGUUGGUAUUACUUCUAUCAAUCCUUUGAGAAUCUACAUAUAUGAGGAAGGACUGACAAGAUUCGCUACCUGCAAAUAUGAAUAGAUAUAAUUUUAAACAAAGCAGAAUAGAUUUAUGCAUUUAACAAACUACUCAGUAAACAAAUUCAACAAGAAUGCUUUUGUCUAAAAUGAUAAAUCAACUGACUAGGCUUUUGGUUCAAAAUGGUCCAUAUCUAGUCUAAGAAAAGUAUUAAAAGAACUAGAUAUUGAUGAUACAGAAGUAUUUAGAAAGAUUGAAGACAUUAUAAUCAAGACAAUAAUAUCAGCAGAACCAAUCUUAAAUAAUGCUUUUGAAAUGUAUGUACCUUAUAGAAAUAACUGCUUUGAACUAUUAGGAUUUGACAUUCUAAUAGACUCAAUGUUGAAUCCUUGGCUUUUAGAAGUAAAUCUUUCUCCAUCACUAGCUUGCGAUAGUUCAUUAGAUUAAGAAAUUAAAGGCUAAUUAGUGGCAGACCUACUUAAUCUAGCCGGAGUAAUGAAUGUUGAUUUUAAGCCAGCAAAAAAUGAAAUGAUAAAUGAGUUGAAUACUUAUACCAAGGGAUCUUUUGAAUACUAAAUUAGUCAUAAUAAAAUCAAUAGUAAAAAGAAUAAGGUAAAGCAAAAAUUAAAUGCAAGUAUGUUUUAAGAUUCAUUCACUGCUGAUUUAAUACCAAGAAAUAGAGAUAUACUAAAUCAAUAUAAAGGUAAAGAUAAAGUAAUAUUGAGAGAAGCAGAGGAGGAAUAUUAUAGAAAGGGAAAAUUUAAGCUGAUAUUUCCCACAGAUAACUUUGGAUUUUACAAAUCUUUUUUCGAGGAGGAAAGACAACUAAAUGUGUAGUUAGAUAAGUACUUUAGAUAAAUGGGAAUAAUCGGAGCUCGUAAAAAUGUUUGA